AGUUUGGUUGAAUUUCUGACGAAGGAGGUUACCCAUGUUAUAAGUGAGGGUCCAGAAUGGAAGUUCCUCCUGGUUUCAAAUGGAACUAGUUGUGGUCCCCCUUCUCCCUGGACUCCUGGAGCUACUCCUUCCCCAUCUGCAUCUUGGGAUGGUGAUAAGAGUAAGAAAGUAAAAUCUCGCGCUGAUCAUAUGCUAAACGCAACCAGAACUCCUGAGAGAUCUGCAGGAUGUAGUGACGUUCUAGAGAUUGCAAAGAAGUUCAAGUGUCAUAUUUGGUCACUUAACAAAACUCUAGCUUGGCUCACCAAGUUUAAAUCCAAGUACGGAAAUAUUCACUCAGGACAAAAACCGAGUCAGGUUAAACACAAGGAAAGAGAUCUCAGAGAUCCUUUCCUCAAGCUAGACAGUUCUAUUAGAUACGCUAGACCUUCUUUCUCGGAGUUUAAAACCUGGCCGAGAAUAAGUUUAGACGGUUGGGCAGGCUCGUCACCGUUUAGUGAACAACGAAAGAAACAGAAAAAGAAAAGUUUCCCCGGUCGUUUUGAGCCAAACCGUCAGAAGGAAGAGGAUCCUAGUCUACGUAAGAAAGAGUGUUCGAAGAAAAAAGACGGAGGUUUUUGUGAAAUCUGCAAUAAAUCAUUCAGUGCACUAGAUUCGCAUCUGAGGGGAGAGUUGCACACGAAGUUUGUUCAGGAUAUUAAUAAUUGGAUGGAAGUUGACUGCAAGGUGGAUACAACCCAACCUUCAGCACGCAGUAUACUAUUCUGA